AUGGCAGCGACAUCAGGCAAAGCUAAAACACCUUAUGAGCGACGAUCAAAAAUCAGCCAAAUUGUUUGCAACCAGGCGGCUGCAGCAGAAUCAUCAGAUCAUCAGAAGAGGAUGAGAGAGCGAAAGAAUGCGACGACACUGCCAGAAGAUUUAAUCCUUGCAGAAAUACUCCCUCGAAUACCAGCAAAAUACAUUCUUCGAUGUCGCCUGGUUUGUAAGUCCUGGAACUCUGUUUUCUCCACACCCGCUUUCGUAAAUUCCCACCUCACUCAUCAACUCCACAACUCCGAAGAAAAUGAUCGUAUCAUAAUAAAGCGUUAUGGGUUUAACGAGCAAGUGGACAUUCUCUCCCUCACCAAUUCAAUUCGUGUUCCUAAAGUGCCUUGCGCUUGUGACAAAUUGUGUGGGUCAAUUAAUGGUUUAGUUUUAAUCGUUUCUACACCGAGACGAAGAUUUUGUUUAUGGAACCCGGCUAUCGGGCAAGUUAGGUUGUUUGAUUUCCCCCCACUUGAUGUUCACUAUGCCGGAUUUUGUUGGGAUCAUGUGCAGAACGAUUACAAGGUCUUGAUGUUCUGCCAUGCCAUCUCUAGACAAAUUUUUAUUUACUCAACAAAUUCUGCCACGUGGACUUCGUUGCCAGGAUUUAUGCUGUGGAUGUCACCAGGUCCCUCUACCAUUGUGAAGGGCACGCCUUACUGGAGUUAUCCUAUAUCCUUGACUUUGCCCGGAGAGAAACUUAAACGUAAGUUCUUCUCUACGUUCAAGUUUGUACCUGAAAUCAAUGAGUUCAGGAUCCUUCCUGAUUUAGAUUCGCUCAAAUGCCGUGGAAACAAUUUCAAUAUAGCCAACAUCAGGGAUCGUCUUGUUGGGAUGGCGUAUAAAUUAGUAAAUCGUGGAGAGAGUAAUACUAUGGUGGAUAUGUAUAGUUUGGACGACGAGGAAUCUAGUAGCGGUGUUUGGAGUAAGAUGUACAGUAUUGGACCCGUAUGCUUGGACUCCACUCAAUGGCUGUCACAGGCUUUUAGGAAUGGUGGUGAGAUAUUGAUCCGGGGAGAUUCUGGCCCGUGUGCUUUCUAUGAUCCCAAAACCAAGGAAAUUAAGAGUAUUGCUGGGACGACUAGCACUUUCUUAAGAGAGUUUGGUGGACGGUGUUACAGUUAUAUGCCUAGUUUGGUCCGUGUUCGAGGAAUGGAGUCCAUGCAGAAUUUUUCUACAAAUGGUGUUUCAUAG